AUGUCGUUUAGCCCAACAAAAAGGACUGAUCAUGAAAAAAUCCAGACGAAAAAAAAUAAAUGCGGGGAAAACGUUGUUCUAAGUGCUUUUCGGUUAAAGGUAAGAGACAUUCUUGUUCUGCAGCAACAUAAUAAUAUUAAAGGAAGUGUCGAAAACACUUUAUCAGAAUCCUUUCAACAACAUUUAGUGUGUGAACUAAUUAAAAAAAAUGUCAACUCUAAUUGUAAUGGUGAACCUGAGUGCCCUAAUACCUUUUCAUUAUCUCAAAUACGUGGUAAACCAUUAUGUGUUGCUGUACGUCCAGAAAAUAAAAAAGAAAUAAAACAGAUUUCUGCUGCUGCAGUGUCCAAUCAAACUAAUUGUGGUAUUAGCACAAAUAAGGUCCUUGAAGUCUCUAAAGCUUUCCGUAUUGCGGCUGAGGAUAGAAAUCUUUUUGAGCCUAAUUUAAAACGAAAACUCAGUAAAAUAAAUCACAAGUUAGAUUCUUUUUUCCACGUAGAAAAUGAAAAUUUUAUUAAAACAGUUAAGGAUGUAAGCAACGCAGAAACGAAAGAAUUGGUAAUAUGUAAAAAUUUUGAGAAUUUCUUAAAUUAUGUAUUAGAAUUACGCAGUCACAUCAAACUUGGUCUUGACGGAGGUGGCGGAUUUUUGAAACUAUGUGUUUCUUUGAAUCUAAUCAAUAAUGAGACCGUGGACGAAUCAUAUUAUGAAGGCACAAAGGCAAAAUCUCGACGUCAAAAUUUCAAAGAUGGAAUCGUAGCAAAAAAAUUCAAAGAAACCGGCGUUAAGAAAUUAUUUAUAUUGGGCAUAGUCAGCGAUACUCAAGAAAAUUAUGCAAACAGUAAUACAUUAUGUAACAAAAUUAAUUUUUCCUGUAAUAAGUUUCGAGAAUGGGAAGCCAGUGGACGCGAUAAGAAAAAUUCUAAAGAGUUUAAAUGCUGCGUUAACAUGCCAAUAAUCAAAGAAAACCCUGAUACAUUAAUCAUCGAUGUAUUUCCACCGCCAGAAUUGCACCUUGUGCUAGGGGUGGUUAACACAAUUUUCGAAAAAAUGGAAGCUUUAUACAUAAAUGAUGCUCUAAAAUGGGCAGUAGAAUGCGGUUUAUCGAGAGUAAUAACCAACGGAGGACGGAAAUGGAUGCGCUAA